UGUAUGUUACUAUGUACCUGGUGUACGGCCAUGGCAGUAAAUAUUUCCCUGUUGAAGCUGGAUACAAGUGUAUCUGAAGUAAAAUUUGUGUCCACCCUGGCUGUUGCAGGCACAGUUAGGCACAUACAUGUAUCCUUCUUAGCUAGCGAUUGAGCAUUCGUCUGUCAGGCUCAAGAUUUCUGAAGUCCGUGGCGAUCGGUCUGAGUCGUUGCUAUUUUGGUCUCGUUCGCAUAACUAACUACUUCGAGACAAACUGAAUGAUCCUUGAAGUCAGUUUAGCUGGGCCGGGAGCGGUGGUACGAGGACUCUAUUCGUAGUGUGCGACCCAUAAUCAUUGAGAUCGAGGGUUGGAGGAUUGGCGACGCAGAUAUGGCGGAAUACCCGGGUGCCGAGUAUAAGAUGUCUUCCUAUGGCUCCAAGCACUACACACCGGGGCAGAAGAAGGAACAAUGGACACAGGCUUGUGAGAGAGAAGAGAAAGUCAGGAAGCUCCACAAGGCUACAGAAAAGCAAGCGGACCGAGAAGCAGACAGGCAUCGGCAGCUGCAAGAGACUGGGAAACUUCCGACCGAGAAAGAGAUGAACGUCUUUAACUCAGAUGCUAAGGUAGGGACUGGUCAUCUCUAUGAUAAACUAUUCAACGCUGAAUCGGGGUACAAUGCCAAAUUGAAGCGUGAUGACAGGUGCUUCGACACGAACAAGCUUGACAGAUCAACGGAUGAAAGGGAUAAAGGUGUGCCAACACUGUCUUCAUCAACGUAUGGCAGAGGAGAGCCACUGGAACUUCCAUCACGGGACCAUGUCCGCGUGCAGAUCAUGAAACACUCCUUCUACCGGGCGCGCGACACAAACCUGGGUGAUUGAGGAGAAGUGGUCGUGGUUUAGUAGGUAUGUUGGCAUUGUGCAGUAGUUGGGCCAUGAUGCCCACCAUCAAUGUUAACAGAGAGUGUAGCAGAUUAUAUUCCUGUACUUCGCCAGGCUAAACUUUUCAUUACCUGGAGGAAUAUCAUGUGACAAUGUUGCCAGGUAUAUGCAAGUUAGUGUUCACUCAGACUCCCCUCCACUAUGUGGCCAUCUACAGUCACACGUUGUUUUCUUUAUCUUUUGCUACAUACAUACUGCAGUGACUUAGUUGUGCUAUGUGCUGGUGUUGACAGAAGAUGUCUUUUAGAUCCCUGAAAAUCAUUGACACCCCCCCCCCCCACACACACGCACUAUCCAGCUUGUCUACUUGAUUGACAAAUUUCUCUCACUCCGUCCGAAAUCUUGAUCCUAUACUAUCUCAAAAUCCAUGUCAUAUUUUCGUUCCAUGAGCUGUAAUAUGACUUGCAUUGUAUGUUUCUGAAGUGUUUUUGUCAAAGCCAGUCGGUGUUCAUCUCUUGCUGAGUCACCAAUAAAUUUGCCGGUAUUGCCCUGGAGUUCUUAUCUA